AUGAUUUUCAAUGUUUGUUCAUUUUAUCCCGUAAGCUCUCAAGACCCAAAUGACGAUGAUCUCAGGGACCAUGAGUUGGUGGAACUAGCGUCUAAGCUGUACCCUGAGGAUUAUUAUAAGCUGGGACUGAGACUAGGUUUCCAAGACUCCAAACUCAGCCACUUUAAACAUGACCAUCCGAACAACAUUGAGGGUGCACUAUCAACGAUGCUGAUACGAUGGCGAAAAAAUCAGAGCGGGAAACCGGCCGCGAUCAGAAAACGAUUAGCAGACGCUUUCAAACACGUACAACGCCUGGAUCUGUCCCAGGAAGUUUAUAUACAAGGGGAUGUUCUCGAGGACUUCAAAGAUAUCGAUUUGAAAGACAGUACCGAUGGUGGCAACGCCGAAUGGCACUUGGUUAAAACAAUUGGUCUUCCAACCGACAAAGCAGAGUGGUUCAAAGCAUGUUUGGCAUUACCCGGGAACUGCGUGGCUGUUGGAUACAGAUCCGGCGGUAUCGAUAUCAUCAACACCAACACUGAAAAGCGGGAAAGGAUUCUAGACCACCUGAAAAUCAGAAGUCUCACGCGGUUAAGAGAUGGAACCUUGGUGAUCUGCAACGACGACGUGAAGUCGGUCAAGAUAUAUACAUGCAAAUACCGCGGAAGGCAGUCGGUGGCCAGGCCUUUGUACGCACUGCGGAUAUCUGGUACGCACCGGUCUCUGAGCAUCGACCCACAGGAUAACAUAUACAUCGGACUACGUGGAUUUAAAGAAAUCGAGGUGGUGGACCCUGUUAGUGGGGCACGAACCAGGACCAUUAAAACGGACGUGGAUCCGUGGAGCAUCGCCUUGAUGCGGACAGGCAACAUUGCUGUCACCAACUCGUGGAGAGGAAACGAAGACGCAGUCAGUGUUCUUGAUCCUGGCGGGGACAUCGUGAGUAGGAUGCCAGGGGUGAAAGACGCCAGACAGUUCAUCACAGUCGAUUCGCGGGAUAGCAUAUACGUGGCGAUCAAGACAAAGAACGGGCAGGUGAAGAUUAGAAAGUAUACUGGCCAUGUAGUUGAGGUCGUCACCGAAGGCGUGGACUCGGUUACUGAGCCACGUGAAUGGAUUCAGCUGACAUGUCUUUCCCCAACUCAACUUGUGAUGUGUGACGCUAAAUCAAUGUUUGUAUUUCAGAAGUACUGAUAGCGACUAAUACAGUGAGUUUAACAAAAAGAAAACAAAACUUUACGUAAUUUGUCACAAGUGCAUUUAAUGACUUUCGUGGUUAACAUUAUAGCACACAGCAAAUGCAUUGAAAAUGCAAGUCAAAUCACAACGAAAAGCUAGGAGGGCUAUGUCAAAAAUUGAUGAAUUGGGGCAGCUGAUCGUCGCUAAGAUUCGGAGCUGCCGAGAAAAAUGUAAAUAUGUCAUUUGUCUAGAGUCACAGACGACAGUACUGUAUUGAUAAAACUUCAUUUUCAUGAAUUUUUUUUCCAAUAGAUUUUCUAC